GGGGGCGAAGUCCUCCAGAGCAAAAGCACCUCCCUCUGAAUUCCCUUCCUGCAAAGGGAGCUGGCGGUGGCUUUUGUGUCUGAAGUGCCGUAGGGAUCUGGUUUGGUAGCACCUCAAAUUAGGACAGACAGAACUUGGCAUAAGACAAAGGGAUUCCUUCAGAUCCUUUGGAGGCUUCCUGAGAGCCCAUAUGGAUGAACAAGACUCAGCUGGCCCUGAAGCAGGAAGGGGCAAUGCCAUCCAAACUGGGAACAGUGGGGGAUUCUGGGAAAACUCUGUGCAGAAGAUCCUAGGUGAGGAGGACACCCCCAGCUCAAAUGCCCAGAGCCAGCAGUUCAGGCAGUUCUGCUACCAGGAGGCCGAGGGACCCCGAGACGUUUGCAGCCGACUCUACCACCUUUACCGCCAGUGGCUGAAGCCAGAAAGGCAUACGAAAGCCCAGAUGCUGGACCUGGUGAUCUUGGAGCAGUUCCUGGCUAUCCUUCCACCAGAGAUGGAGAGCUGGGUGAGGGAAUGUGGAGCGGAGACCAGUUCCCAGGCGGUGGCUCUGGCUGAAGGUUUCCUCCUGAGUCAAGCUGAGCAGCAGAAAAAGGAUCUGUUUGCAGAAAUGGGCACUGGCUACUCUGAGGUGAAGAAGACUCAGUUGGAAACCAGAGAAAUGCCACUGGGUGACAGAAUGAUGCCAGCAGGACCUCCUCAUCCAUCAUUUCAUGGUGGCCGAGGGGAAGCAGCGGCUGUGGAACCAGAUCAGGGUCCAAUUUGCUUUGAAGAGGUUGCAGUUUAUUUCACAGAUGAGGAGUGGGCGUUGCUGGAUGCUGACCAGAGAGCUCUGCAUAACGAAGUCAUGGAGGACAAUUGCGGGAUCAUGGCUUUUCUGAGGGGUGAUAAACCGGAAAUUAAAAACAAGGGAGACAACAACAAAAUCCCUUAUGAACGUUUGGAGUGUAGAGAUGGCUUCAGUCAGAGGUUCCAUUCCACUUCCCAUCAAAGAAAUCCCACUGGGAAGAAAUUAUAUCAAUGCUCAGAAUGUGGAAAGAGCUUCAGUCAGAGCUCAAAUCUCACUUCCCAUCAAAGAAUCCAUACUGGAGAGAAACCCUAUCAGUGCUUGGAAUGCGGAAAGAGCUUUAGUCGGAACUCACAUCUCACGUCCCAUCAAAGAAUCCACACCAAGGAGAAGCCAUAUUACUGCUUGGAAUGUGGAAAGAGCUUCACUCGAAACUCAAAUCUCACUUUACAUGAAAGGAUUCACAGAGGGGAGGAACCAUUUAAAUGCCUGGAAUGUGGAAAUAGCUUCAAUUCCAAGAGAAGUCUCACUUCCCAUCAAAGAGUUCAUAGUGGGAAGAAACCGUAUCAGUGCUUAGAAUGUGGAAAGUGCUUCACCUGGAAGGAAAGUCUCACUUCCCACCAAAGAAUUCAUACAGGGGAGAAACCAUAUCAGUGCUUGGAAUGUGGGAAGAGCUUUAAUACAAGCACAAACUUCCGUCGACAUCAGAGAAUUCAUAGUGGGGAGAAGCCAUAUCAGUGCUUGGAAUGUGGGAAAUGCUUUAAUACAAGCACAAACUUCCAUAGUCAUCAAAGUAUUCACCGUGGGGAGAAACCUUUUCAGUGUCAAGAGUGUGGAAAAAGUUUCAGUCGAAAGGAGAGUCUCACUUCCCACCAAAGAAUCCAUACUGGCGAGAAGCCGUAUCAGUGCGUGGAAUGCGGAAAGAGCUUCAGCCAGAGCUCCAAUCUCACUUCCCAUCAAAGAACUCACAGCGAGAAACCAUAUAUAUGCUUGGAAUGUGGAAAGAGCUUUCGCCAAAUCACCCAUCUCACUUCCCACCAAAGAGUUCAUACAGAAAAUAAACCAUAUCAGUGCUUGGACUGUGGAAAGAGCUUCAGCCAUAAGUCAAGUCUCACUGCCCAUCGAAGAAUUCAUACAGGGGAGAAACCAUAUCAGUGCCUGGAAUGUGGGAAGCACUUUAGUCAGAUCGCCCAUCUCACUUCCCACCAAAGAAUUCAUACAGGGAAGAAACCAUAUCAGUGCAUGGAAUGUGGGAAGUGUUUCAGUCAAAGCUCCCAUCUCACUUCACAUCAAAGAGUUCACACCUUGGAGAACCCAUAUCAUUGCUUGGACUGUGGGAAGAGCUUCAGCCAAAAGGCAAGUCUCACUGCCCAUCAAAGAAUUCAUACAGGGGAGAAACCGUAUCAGUGCUUGGAAUGUGGAAAGCACUUCAUUCAGAGGGUCCACCUGACUUCACAUCAAAGAAUUCAUACAGGUGAGAAACCAUAUCAAUGUUUAGAUUGUGGAAAGAGCUUUAAUUUAAGGGCAAACUUAUAUAAUCAUCAAAGAAUUCAUACAGGGGAAAAACCAUAUCAGUGCUUGGAAUGUGGAAAGCGCUUCAGUCGAAAGGAUAAUCUCACUUCCCAUCAGAUAAUUCAUACGGGGGAUAAACCAUAUCAGUGCUUGGAGUGUGGGAAGAGCUUCAGCUUAAAGCAGAAUCUCACUUCCCAUCAAAGACUUCAUAACGGAGAGAAACCAUAUCAGUGCUUGGAGUGUGGGAAGAGCUUCAGUCGGAACCACCGUCUCACUUCCCAUCAAAGAAUUCAUUCAGGGGAGAAGCCGUAUCAGUGCUUGGAAUGUGGACAGAGCUUCCGCUGGAAAGAAACUUUCAUUUCCCAUCAAAGAAUUCAUGAUGGAAUGAUAUUAUAAAAACAGAGACAGCUGGCAGUCACUGGAUCUGACAAGGCUGUGCCACAAGGUGUGCAUCUGAACCCACAAGUUUGUCCAGCAUUCAUGUAAGAUAUUCAGGAUGUUUAAGACUUGGGAUUGCUCAGUCAGUAGAGCACAAGACUCUUAAUCUCAGAGUUGUGUGUUAGUGCUCCAUGUUGGGCGAAAGAUUCCUGCAUUCCAUGGCGUUGUAUAGGUGACGCUCGUAGUCCCUUCCAACUUUAUAGAUCUAUGAGCGUUUUUACUGGAGUUAAACAUACAUCCAUUAUGAAUACCUGUUUCUGUCCUGAAUCUUAUGUCCCAUAAAGAUGUUGCACACAUCAGAGAAAUGGGAAAAAAAAGAUUGUUUUAUUAAAUGAAAUAAAAACGACACAGAAUA